CGCUGGAGCACCGCGCACUCGAGUCCUGCAGCACCGGGAGGAGGUGUCGCGCGCCCGCCUGCAGUCCGCUGCGCCUCUUGGGAGCCGGGACCGUACUCGGUCCUCCGCGCCACGCUUCGCUCCUGGUGCGAACUCCCGCCACAGCGCCUGAGGCAGGCCAAGGGCCGCCACCCGCGGGAGACCCGGCAAGAGCGCGCCGCCUCGGAGCCGGGCAGGAGUGGGGACGGCGCCUUUUGUCCCUGGAGAUCCUGAAAGUUUGCGGCGGGACGCGCGCGUGAAGGUAGCGCAGGCAGCCCCGACGUCGCGGCAGCUAGUUCUCUGAGCCAGCAUGGGCAGCGGGCGCGGCGCGGGGGGCCGCCGCUGGGCCGCCUCCGGUGUGCUGCUGGCGCUGGCCGCGGGACUCCUGGCCGCGGGCACAGCCAGCGAGUACGACUAUGUGAGCUUUCAGUCGGACAUCGGCUCGUACCAGAGCGGGCGCUUCUACACCAAGCCGCCGCAGUGCGUGGACAUCCCGGUGGACCUGCGGCUGUGCCACAACGUGGGCUACAAGAAGAUGGUGUUGCCUAACCUGUUGGAGCACGAGACCAUGGCCGAGGUGAAACAGCAGGCCAGCAGCUGGGUGCCUCUGCUCAACAAGAACUGCCACAUCGGCACCCAGGUCUUCCUCUGUUCUCUCUUCGCGCCCGUCUGCCUCGACCGGCCCAUCUACCCGUGCCGCUGGCUCUGCGAGGCCGUGCGCGAUUCGUGCGAGCCGGUCAUGCAGUUCUUUGGCUUCUACUGGCCAGAGAUGCUCAAGUGUGACAAGUUCCCCGAAGGAGACGUCUGUAUCGCUAUGACCCCGCCCAAUGCCACCGAAGCCUCCAAGCCCCAAGGUACAACUGUGUGUCCUCCAUGUGACAAUGAGUUGAAAUCGGAGGCCAUCAUUGAACAUCUUUGUGCAAGCGAGUUUGCACUGAGGAUGAAAAUCAAAGAAGUGAAAAAAGAAAAUGGCGACAAAAAGAUUGUUCCCAAGAAGAAGAAGCCCCUGAAGUUGGGGCCCAUCAAGAAGAAGGAGCUGAAGAAGCUGGUGCUGUUCCUGAAGAAUGGGGCAGACUGCCCCUGCCACCAGUUGGACAACCUCAGCCACCACUUCCUCAUCAUGGGCCGCAAGGUGAAGAGCCAGUACUUGCUGACGGCCAUUCACAAGUGGGACAAGAAAAACAAGGAGUUCAAAAACUUCAUGAAGAAGAUGAAAAAUCACGAAUGCCCCACUUUUCAGUCGGUCUUUAAGUGAUUCUCACGGGGUGGGUUGGGGAGGGAGCCGUGGGUGGGGUGAGGGACGGGGGAAGAGCGGACGACCCUGGAACCCGGGGGUUCCCACACACUGCUCCUGUUGGUAGUGGACGUUGCCACCCGGCUGGCUUUGUUCUUGCAGUAUUCCCACUCCCUUCCCUUCGUAGCCACACUCCAGACCCCAGUAUAGCCACGUCCAGGUAAGGAAAGGGCCAUUUAGAUUAGGAAGGCUUUUAAGAUCUGCAGCGUGGAAUAGUAGCCACUGUGCUUUAUUCAGAGACACAGUCACUAAAAUAUUUUUUGCCAGUGAAAACAAACAAACAUGAAAAAGAGGUAUUGGGCAAAAAGUGAGAGAAGGCAGCAGAAACUAAGUUCUGCAUCUUUCCUAGUGUUGUUGUAAAUUGCUUAUGGGCUUCCCAGCCAAUCUGUGCCUCUGGAACUAGGAAAUUCUGAGUGUUGGUAAAUUGCAUUGUUUUCAGUUCCAGAAUGAUCUCUCUGCUUCAGAUAGAAACACAUACACUGCACUUGUCGUUUCAGAUAACUUCUGAAAGUAAUAGGUGCAGGGAUGAAAAGUGCAGGUGCAGUAGGUAGUAGUGAGAACAAAGUGACUAGAAGAGAGGUCAUUGCCUGCUCUGCUCUAGAUUCUCCCAUGGGAUCCUCUUUGGAUAUGAAUUGGCCAGUCUCAGAUGCACUGCUGUUCAUGUCCACCUUGUGCAUGACCUCAUUUCCACCCACGUGCAGGGGCGACAUGCAUUCGCUUUCAUGUAAAGAAGAGGAACACAGUGGGCACAAGAGAGAUGAGGAUUUUCAAGCUGAGAAGGCAAUGGUUUGUUGUUUUCCAAAAACAUAAAGAAGAAAAGAAUGUUUGAAUUCUUCACUAAAUUACUAGUCAGGGUAAAUUGUGAAAUUGGGUAAAGAGCUUUAUAUUCUCAUUUCACACAUUCAUUUCACAUUUUAAAAGAACAAAGAUGAUGACAAAAAACGUAUUGACUUUUCAAGGUUUUUAAAAAAAGUCUACAUUGGGCAUUUGAAAGGCCAAUCAAGACCAAGGUCUCCUGAUCCAUAUGAGAAGCUCCUUCACUGGGCCUUUUCAGGUGGAGGUGGAUUCGAGGUCCUCCUUUGUGAGUUCUCAGAUGCCCUGGAGCUAAUGCAACGCUGACAGAAUUCCUAGUGCUUCCCAAACUUUGCUCUCCUGUGAAGGAACUGAUUCCGUUAAACUUGGUUUCCUUUAGAUCUAAGAAAUUUCAAACAUCCUGCCUGUCUGACACCCUCCACGUUUUACUUUUGUACUCCCCCACCCCAUUUCUUCCAAGGGAAAGUUGACACAAAUGUCCCCAUCCAAGAAAACAGUUUCAGAGGCAAACCAUCUCUGCAGUUUUUUCCUAAGUGCCAGGAGAUGUUUCUCAAAGUCAUUUUGCCUAAUAAGUGAUAUAAAUAAAACAGUUCUCUUAAACCACUUUACUUCUGUUGUCCAAUGUAGAGCAAGUAAUUCUAAAAACAUAAUAAUAAUAACAACGUUAAUUUCUUCUGCCAAAGCCUGAUUCUUGAUUUCCCUAUCACAUCUCAAGGACCUUAGUGGUUGCCCCUCUGGGCAAACAUUCAUACCCAAUCCAGAUGUAGCAGUGAAGCUGUCAGGUGUCAAUCACCCUAGUGGCCCUGGACUGACAGAAGCACUGGAAGAUUCUGUUAAUUCUGGAAAACUCCAGUAUGAAAAUCAGCAUGCCAACUUAGUUACCUACCUGAGAGUGAUCCUGAUGUAAUUAACCUCUCAUAAUUAGUAAUCCCAUCAUUUUAACACUUUAACACUCUCUGAUCUUUAAAGUUUUGGGGGACUUAAAUGAUUUGCCUAUAAUUUUGUAUGACUUAAAAUGUGUAUAUAUAUUAGUAAUUAGAAAUAUUAUACUUUCCAUUGUCCAACUGUUAGAGCAAGUUCACAAGUACAUGGAUUUGGGCCUUCAUUUUUGUGGAUUAAGUCAAGAGCUCAGUGAUUGUUAUGGAUCUAAUGCACAUUUUGACAAAGUGUGUUAUGCAUUGGGGCCCUUUCUAUGUUUAGGGGCCUUCACAGAGGGAUUUAUCUGGGAUAUCAGCAGUUACCACAGAAAGAGUAAGGAAGAGCAGGUGGCCAUGCUGUACACUCUGUAAAUGGGAAUUCUCAGGUAGGAAGCAACUUUUUUGGAAAGGGUUCAAAAUAACUUGGCAAUGUGAACCACAGCUGCACAUUUUACCCCAGCCACAGGGUCCUUGGUCUUUAGGUUUGACUGUAUACUUUGUUGAAGAAUUUAGAUACAUACCAGCUUUGUCUCUACUGCAUCAGCAAUUUCAGGAAGAAAAGGGUGACUAUCUAUGGGCCCAAAGUUGCAUUAUUACCAGCUGUUGUUUUUUUCAACAAAGGAUAUAAAAAACCAAUGUACAGACUCAUUGAUUUAGUCAUUGGUUUCCAAAAGAGGAUAGUUUUUGCUAGUACAAAAGUUGGAUUUGUGAAGCUUUAAAAUCAUUCUGGAGAAAGUCCCAUAAGGCCGUUGGCAGAUCGCAGCUAAAUCUUUGAAGAAUAUUAGUAGUUAUCUUAGAAGAUAGUAUGGGAGCUGAUAAUUCCAAGAACAUUUUAUUUUUAAGAUAUCCUGUGUAACACUUGGCUCUUGGUGUUGGUGGAUUAGCACCAAGUUCUCCCCAGGGCAGAAUCCAAUCAGAGCUCCAGUUUUCAUUUGGAUCUGUAAAUUACAGAAAUCCCAUUUCCCAAACCUAGAAUCUGUUUUUCUCAUCAGACUCCAUGUAGCUAGUUGCUCUGUUGUAACUUCAUAGAUGUGUUGAGCUCAGUGAGUGAGCUGUUUUAGAAGUGCACCUUAGACAAUUUCCCCAGAAUAAUGUGCUGGCUGUUCUGACCUGUUGUCAGAAGAUUUGCAGGACACAGAUAAAAUUCCCGUUUCCUUGAGUUCCUUUGUAGUUCUCCUCUCUUAGAGUCUAAAUCUUUUACACAAGCUUUGAAUACUGUGAAAAUGUUUUACAUUCCAUUUCAUUUGUGUUGUUUUUUUAAGUGCAUUUUACCAGAUGUUUUGAUGUUAUCACUUAUGUUAAUAGUAAUUCCCGUAUGUGUUCAUUUUAUUUUCAUGCUUUUCCUCCCAUGUAUUCACUUGACUAAAAUCACUCAAUUAAUCAAC